AGCUCAGACCCCUGAUCUUGCCUGCGGAUGGGCUGGGCCGAGGCCAGGUCUGAGCACCAGGGACUGUGGGUCCCUGUGCUGGUCGCCCUUCUGCUGGGAGCCUCCCAGGCACACCCCAUCCCUGACUCCAGUCCCCUCCUCCAAUUCGGAGGCCAAGUCCGGCAUCGGUACCUCUACACAGAUGACGCCCAGAAGGUAGAGGCCCACUUGGAGAUCAGGGCCGACGGUACAGUGGUGGGAGCUGCCCGCAGGAGUGCCGAAAGUCUCCUGGAGCUGAAAGCCCUGAAGCCAGGGGUCAUUCAGAUAUUCGGUGUGAGGACAUCCAGGUUCCUGUGCCAGGGGCCUGACGGGACACUGUACGGCUCGCUCCGUUUUGAUCCUGAAGCCUGCAGUUUCAGGGAGCUGCUUCUCGAGGAUGGAUACAACAUUUACCAGUCAGAGGCCCUGGGCAUCCCGCUCCGCCUGCCGCCACACAGCUCUGCAUCCCGGGAACCAGCCUCUCGGGGACCUGCCAGAUUCCUGCCACUGCCAGGCCUGCCCCAGGCCCCUACAGACCCUUCGGGCAUCCUGGCCCCCGAGCCUCCCGACGUGGGCUCCUCAGACCCUCUGAGUAUGGUGGGGCCUUCGCAGGGCCGAAGUCCUAGCUACACUUCUUGAAGCCAAGCCACAGUCUCUUUGCUAGUGACUCUCUUCUUUAUUUAUUGGGUUAUUUAUAUUAUUUAUUUUUUAUUUUUCUUACUUGAAAUAAUAAAGGGUCUGA